AGAUUUCGCUACCCGUUAGCUAGCACGCAUUGAUCCACUUUCACUUUCAAGUAGGAAAACAAAACAAAGAAAAAAGAAAACACGAGACAGAAACAAAUUUGCAUCCUCAACGACGCAAAACAAACACCCCAAAAACAAGGACUAGCAAAUCCUGCACUUUUCGAUUUGCGUUCGUUUUCUCCUCUGCUACUCUACGCACUUCUGACCCGAGCUGUCUCGCGUUUCUUCUUUGCCAGUUCGUGAUUUACUCGCACCCAACCGUGUCGCAACGACCGCAGCAACAACCAGGCGGACCCCGGCAUUUGCAAUCCUUUCUGUUCUCUGUAUUUUAUCGCUGGAACGCUUUGUUUGCUGUUUUUCUCACCGGUCUCUCUGUCCCUACAUAUAUAUAAAUAUAUAAAUAUAUUUCUUCUGAAUCGUCAGAAUUAAUAACGCUGACAGAUAGCUUCUCUUUUCCGCCUUCACGUUUUAGAGCUUUUCUUUACCCCUUCAUUUCUCAUUCAUCAGCGGAAAGCUUUGAGUCUUGUCGCGUUGAGCAGUCCGCCGCCACGGAAGGCAACAGCAGAAACCACAUAUAUUUAUGAGUAUUGGUUUAUCGUGUUCUCGCGGCAGUUGUGCAGAACUGUGCUGCUUUCAUAGAAUCUUCACCUUCCCUCCUCCCCCAAUAGCAGAAGGAGGGACUCUUUCAUGUGCGGUUUAACAUUACUUUUAUUAUUGCUAUAAAACCGAUCCGCUCUCUCUCUUUUUAGUUUAUUCCUCUCUUUUCUCGACGAGCUUACCGGUUGCCGAAGCUGCACCUGUUCUCAAAGUGUGCCUGCUCUCGUUCCUUUCGCCUACACGCGCGUGAGACACCUCGCAUAAGUCCCCCUCACGCUCGAACGCAUAUUUGCUCUCACCACUGCUAUUUUUUUUUCUCGUUUUUUUGUUCGCAGAGCGGGAGAACGAUAUAGGCAAGGAGAGAAACAAGCAAGGCGUAACAUGAGUUCCUACCAACCCGCCACAGCAGUCUCCACAGCGCCGUCUAUGGGCAACUACGGCAACUCGCGGCGCGGCCCGCGCAACACGACCGCGCCGUCCGCAGCAGCACCAACUGCUACUGCCACUACCAUCUCCAACACCAUCGGCUCUCCGGGCACCGUGUCGAACAUGUCUGACUCGCUUAACAAAGGGACUGCCACCUCGGCGGGGCUGCCCUUUAACGCGGCGAACACCAUCAACCCGGUCGCGUCUCCGCGCACGGAAAGGGGCGAUGCCAACCACGGCAACGGCAACGCAGCUGCAGACGACAAGAUUGGUAACACGACGGACUCCGUGAUCGAGGAGUUAAAGGUGCUGGCGAAGUCGAUGUUGGAGGCGACGAACGCGGCCCGGCGGCGCACGAGCUCCAUUGAGCACCGCAAAUCGUACGAGGCCCUCAUGCAUGCCAUUGAAAACCGCGUCAAUGGAGAGACGAGUAACGGCAGGAGAGAGACCAUUACGAACACCACUGCCGUGUCUGGUGGCGUUGGAGCCGCUGCUGGAAGUGCCCGGCAGCUUCAACCACAACAGCAGAAUCAGCAGCAGCAACAGCAGCACAUCGAUCCCAAUAUGAGCGACGUGUCCGGGUCGGAGCUGCUGUCGGCUCAUCUGAUCGAGCAGUUGACGGAUAUACCGGCAGAGCUGUCGCCUGGCAACCGGGUGCGUCAGAUGCAGCAGCUAGAACAGUUACAGCGGCAGCAGCAGCAGCAGCGCAGUAAGGCGACGAGGGGACGCAACGCCGGUGCCGCAACGACUGCUGCUGCAACGAAGCCUGACUCCACUGUUGAAGCAGCAGCCGUGAUAGCUGCAGCAGAAGCAACGAAGGCACCAGCGCAACGUGUCCCCGCCGCCGUGACGCGCGAAGACAUCGCUGAGGAGGCAGUCGAGGAGGAGAACCUGGUAGCGCAAGAGGAGGAGCUGGUCUACCCUACGGCGAAGGACACUGUGGCGCGCCGUGCUGGUCGGAGAAUGCCGCCCGCCGAGGACGAAGAGGAUGAUGACGACGACGGCACCGCCUACGACGGCGUGCGGGCGCAGGUGCUCUUUAAACCAGUGAACCGCACAGCCUAUCACGAGGUGCUUGCCUCCACGUGGAAGCCGGAGGGGCUGACGCGGCGCGUGCCGGUGGAGGAGAACCCCCGGAAGAGGGGCUCAGGCGGCAGUAGCAGCAGUAGCAGCAGCAGCGACCGCAGCAGUGACACGGAGGACGAGGAGGACGAUGACGAGGCCAUGGCGACGGUCACCACGCGCAACAAAGCACGCAGGGCGUCGGAGACGCAGCCGAUGCGGACCAUGAAGGUCUACCGUGUCCCCGCCUUCCCGUACGGCGGCGGCGUGACGGAGCAGCAGGCGCGUCUCCUGCAACGUCAGUUCGACGCCUGCAUCCAAAGCGGGGAGCAUUUGCACUCGAACGCGACGGGACCGAAGCUGAUCACCAAGGCGGCGUUUGACGCGUACGACUACAACGAGGUGGUCGUCGCGACGGCUCAGAUGGACCUGAAGACCUUCAAGCCGACCUCACCCUACGAAUUUGUUGUCGAGGUGGAGCGGGAUGUUCGCUUUGACGCCGUCAAGUCACGCGAGGAGCGCCGCCGCCGCUUCAAGCGUCUCGUCCACGAGAACCGUGCCCCCGCCACGAUGGGCACCUUCGACCUCCGCGUGAUCAUGGACCCGUUCAAGACCGGCUUCGAGGAGGAGAAGAACUUCCCGAUAAUCCCCGGCACGGUGAUUGCGGGGCGCUACGAGAUCAUUCAAAUGCUGGGCAAGGCCACCUUCAGUCGCGCGGUGCGGUGCUACGACCUGCACGAUCCCAUCUACGACGAUGCCGAGGGUGACGAAGAGGCGGAGGAGGCGGAGUACAGUAGCGACGACGACGAUGAUGACGGAGAGGAGGGUAAUGCGGGCAUCGAGGCGAAGGAGAAUGGCGCGUCUGCCUCGCCCGCAGAGGACGCGACUGCGGAUGACGACGAUAAAAAAGACAUCAGCAGCAGCGCCGCCGUCGCCGCCGAUACUGCCGCAUCCCCGGCGGUCUCGAAGCAGGAGGCGAAGACAGACGCUAAAAAGAAAGGUUUGCACGGCAGGCGGUCCGCGAAGAAGCGGAAGCUGCUCGGGUACGGGCAGGUGUGUCUUAAGAUUAUCAACAACACGAAGGACUUCUUCGACCAGUCGUUAGACGAGAUUCGGCUGCUGACACUGUUGAACCGGCAGCGCGACCCGGACGAGGCACACAUCGUCCGCCUCAUUGACGCUUUCUACUACAAGGAGCAUGUUAUGCUCGUCACGGAGCUGCUGCGCGACACCCUCUACGACUACGGCAAGUACAACCGUGAGGAGGAGGAGGAGUUCUACUUCACAGUGCCGCGCCUGCGCCGACUCACUCGUCAGAUCACCGAGGCCCUCACGUACGUGCACUCGCUCAAUCUUAUCCACACCGACCUGAAGCCGGAGAACAUCAUGUUUGUCUCGUACAGUCGCUGCAUUGUGAAAGUAAUCGACUUUGGUAGCAGCUGCUUCCUCAGCGACCACCUGAGCUCGUACAUCCAAAGCCGUAGCUACCGCGCACCGGAGGUGGUGCUCGGCUGCGACUACGACGGCCGCAUCGACGUCUGGUCCCUUGGCGCGAUUCUAGUGGAGAUGGUCACGGGGGAUGUGCUCUUCACUUCCGACACGGUGCCGGAGAUGCUGGCGCGCAUCGUGUACGUCUGCGGGACCCCGUUUCCACGACACAUGCUGUGGGAGGGCCGGCACACCAGCGACUACAUUAAUAAAUUCGGUUGCAUCUACGAGUACGGCGGUGCCGGUGACGACCGCGGCGCGCACAACGGCAAGGGUGAGGAGGACGGCGAGGAGCCCUACUGCCUCUACACACCGGUGCCGACGAUGUCCCCGCACACGUGCAACGCGCCGAAGAAGUCGAAGGCGACCUCGACCACCUCGCGCACGCCCGGCGGCCCGUACAGUGUGUUGCGCGAGAAGCUGGCUGCGGCGAAGAUGGUGGACGAGGACUUCAUUUCGUUUGUGGAGGCGUGCUUGACGCUGGACCACAAGAGGCGUCCCACCUCAGCGCAGCUGCUGGGUCACCCUUUCAUCAAGGGUGAGCUAAUAUAA